AUGCCGAAUAUCGUGGACCCGUUUUUCAAAUCAGUAGAUCACACAAGUUCCAAGCGCAAACGACCGAACCGAAAGAAAUCAACGAUCCAAACUGGAAAAUCAAAGAGCAAUCACAAAAACAAGCAAGAUACCAAAAAGAGUAAAAAAAAAGAUGAGCUCGACGAAGAGAUAGAAGAAAAUCUAGAUGACAAUGGUGAUGGCGAUGAUGGUCUUUCGGCCGAUUUGACUGACGAUGCAGGAGGAGAAUCUGAAGAGGACGAGGAUUUGGAACACGAAACACCUGCUCAGAAAAGAUUGCGGUUGGCCCAAGUUUAUCUCGAUCGCCUCCAAGAAAGUAAAGAACCCGAAGAAGGCACCUUUGAUGCGGCUGAGAUCGAUAGAGAGAUAAUUUCUUCCCGACUUCAGCAAGAUUAUCUUGAAACCACGGGUAAACUUUAUACUUAUCUGGGCGAAAAACUCAAGACAUCAUUUCAAAACUCCACUUCUAAGCAAACGAUUUGGAAGACGGGAAAGCAGCAGCACCGACUACCCGUCACUUGUGCCAAGCUCAACCAGGACGGGACACGUCUAUAUGUGGCUGAUAAGCAGGGCAAGAUAAUACAGUAUGAUUGUAGUCAGAUAUGGUCGUUUUCGCCGCCUACGGACAGCACGCAAUCAACAGCCCAUGUCGGAGUGAUCCGACCUUUGAGGGUCAUGCAAAAUCAUGUUCCACCGAAAUCUUCAGACCUACAGAAGUUCCAAAAGAAGCAGGAGUCCAAAAAGCACAAAUCACUCUCUAACGCAGCACCUGGCACUCAAGAUGGACAUAUUGGCGAAAUUCUGACAAUCGAUAUCACAGAAGAUGAGACGAUUUUAGCCAGUGGAGGCAAGGAUAAACUGAUUGGCGUUUGGGAUUUAACUGAUAGUCAGUCAUCCAAAUGGAAGACUGGCCUUCGAGGACACAAGGAUGUGAUUUCAUCGAUUUCCUUCCAAGCCGGCACACCCACUCUCUACUCGGCGUCAUAUGAUCGAAUGAUCAAAGUUUUCAAUCUCGAAAGCCUGACGUACUCCGAAACCCUGUUCGGUCACCAAGAUCGAAUCCAUUCGAUCUCUGCGCUUCGCAAUGAAUUUGUAGUUUCCGCUGGUGGCCGAGAUCGAACGUGUCGAUACUGGAAAAUUGUGGACGAAAGUCAAUUGGUCUUCAGAGGUGGUGGGAACAGCAAGAUGAGAGACCUGAUCGAUGGCGUUGGAUUCGACCCGAACGAAGAGCCAGAGGACCCGAAAUCCAAGAAAGCCAGAUCAACAACAAGCUACGCCGAAGGCUCUAUUGAUUGUGUCUGUAUGGUUGAUGACAAGUUGUUUCUUAGCGGUGGCGACAGCGGAUCGAUAUGUUUAUGGACAACUAGUAAAAAGAAACCGCUCUUCACUGAAGCUCUAGCCCACGGCGCCGAGGCGAUAACAGUGACUGGAACGACUGAUGAGAUUAUCAAUCAACCGCGAUGGGUUACCGCUCUCUAUUGCGUUCCAUACAGUGAUUUAUUUCUGUCAGGCUCAUGGGAUGGACUCGUCAAGAUAUGGAGACUCGUCAAAGGAGAUAGGGGCUCAUCCGAUAUCAGGAAAUUCGAAUCCGUCGGUCAGAUAGAUGUCGGGCUUCAAUCACCUGGCUUUGUCAACAGCUUACACGCCAUUAUCCUUUCAAAUGAUGGCGAUAAUCACAGUACAUCUGUUCCUAAAAAGCUCCUGAUUUGUACUGGUCUUGGGCAGGAACAUCGACUAGGUCGAUGGAAAAAAAUCGCACAAGCCAAAAACCAUUGUUUGCUUACAUUAAUAGAGUUUUGA